GCAGGAAACGGAGUCGGUGGUCUGACGCUUUUCUUCACCAUGGCUGCAAGUCUCUUCAGUGGAUACUCCAUCUCGGGUAUCGCAAACGAGGCCUACACCUUUGGAUUCGCUGCCAUCCGUUGGAUUCCAGCCGGUGUUGCGCUCUAUGCAGCUUUCAUGAUCAUGGCACCGAGAAUGCAUGCGCUCGGCAAGAGUCGUGGUUAUCUUACCCUCGGCGAGCUCAUCUAUGACCGUUUCUCGGAGCCCGCUUGCUCCCCGAUCAUCCCCCAUACGUUGAGGCUUGUGUCUCUCUUCUGUCUCCAGCUUCCAGUGUUCUGCUAUCUCAUCACGCAGUUCUCUUCUGUCGCGGUUGAGGUGAGAUCACUCUUUGCUGACUCGUGGAUCGGGAGAUAUCCUGCUAUCAUCGUGGCAAGCUGCGUGUUGCUUGUUUGUGGCCUGCUGGGUGGUCUGCGUGCUGUUGCAUACAAUGAUGUGCUUCAAGGGUUCAUUCUCCUCAUCGGGAGUCUUGUGUUCUUCGUGAUUCAGCAGGAGGACCUCGGAGGAAUGAGUGGUGUCAAGGAGUUUGUGACCUCCCCGUCCUUCCAGAAGUCCAAUCCCUUUGGAUACAAGCAAUUCAACUAUGUUCCAGCUGCUGAAGGGUCUUGGAGUACAUCAUCAUUCGCCACCUUCAUCAUCAAGGUUAUGAUUGCCGCAACCAUGUACCCACAUCUUGCCAUGCGACUUUAUGUGGCUAGAGACAGCAGAAGCAUGAAAAUUGGCUUGGCGGGAAUGAACUUCACAUUCUUCAUUGUUCAGUUCAGCUCCAUGGUUACAGGAUGGGUUGCUGUGAAGGCGCUUGCGGGUAGCCCUAAGACGUACUCUACUUUUGGAUCGAUCGCUGCGAUUGUGCGGAACAAGGGCGCUGGAGGCGAAUUUGCAUCUGCGCUCCUCGUGACGGCUGCAGUCUGUGCGAUGCUUUCCACUGCUGACAGCGCUCUCAUUGCAUUCUCUACGAUGUGGCUGAGAGAUUUCUACUUGCCUUACAUCAAGCCGACGGCAUCGCAAUUCUCUCAGGUUGUCUUUACCAAGGUCAUGGGAGUCUUCGGUUUGGCGCUUGGAGUGUUUCUUGCGUGCAUGUCUGUUCGAUCUGCACAGCCUUGGAACUUGUCCAACUUGUUCUCCUUGCAAACUGUGACUCCGAUCCACGUGGCUCCCGCGGUGUGGCUCGGCCUCCAUUGGAAGGGCUUGCGCGGAGAGCCUGUGCUGCUCGGAAUGAUUGUCGGCCUUGCCGUGACGUUCGGAUUCACCUUCUCAAGCCUUAACGUCAAGUUGAGCCUGGGACAAGAAGAAAUCAAGUCAGGAUGGUCGCCGUCUCUGGUCGGGCUGUGCUUCAACCUCAUCGUCACUGUUGGUGGAGGCUUGCUGCUCGAGAAGUAUCCAAACCUCCUCAAGACCGGAGAGCUGGCGCAGUUUGCAAGGCCGAUGGACAUUCACAAGUUGUUUGGAGAGAAGAUGGAUCCGAUGAUCAACCCCGUCAUGUGGCUCGUCUUGAGUAUCAUCAUAGCCUUCAUUGUGCCCUUCUACAGGGACAUGGGCUCCCCUGACUACUUCGUCGGCAGCAUGACCGCAUGGGCCUUCACCUCUCUUAUGAUCACAGGCUUGCUGACGCUGGCGACUGCCUUCUGCUACGUGCGCUUCUGGAAGGACUACGAUCUACCCAAGGAACCGAGACUCUACCACUUCGACGGCGAUGAAUCCCAAUAUGACAAAGAGGCACCUAAGGACUCUGAUCCCUCUGGAGGGUUCGCACCUCAGCCUAUGAUGCAAGUGUUUCCUCCUUCGUCUCCAUCAGGGGUUGCUCAGCCGAUGUACUCGCCGGGACCUUUCGUCAACUCUGCCAGCACGCCUGUUGCCAGCUUCCAGCCCGUCUACCCGUCUGUCAUGACUCCAGUACCAUCGUAUCCCUCUAUUGGUUCCGCAUGAAUUGCACGAAUGCAUCUUGGUAUGAUGCAGUAGAUUGUAAGUGAUGUUCUGAGUAAAAUCAG